AUGCUGGAGGCUGGAGCAGCCGAAGGGGAGCAAUGGAAAAGAGAGGGCACCCCGACACCCAAGCGUGGCCAAGCCCCUGUGCGCCCCAGCCCUGGGCCCACGGCGCCGGCCCCGCACAGACCCCAAGGCAAGAGGAAAGCCCCUGAGGAACGGGAGGGGACCCGGGCGGCGCAGCCCUCCCCGCGACACGCCACCAGCCCCGGGCCCCUGGUGAAGGAGAACGAGGAUGAGUGUGCGGUGUGCGGUGAUGGCGGUGAGCUUAUCUGCUGCGAUGGAUGCCCCAGGGCCUUCCACCUCGCCUGCCUGGUGCCCCCACUGCCCCGUGUCCCCAGCGGGACGUGGCGGUGCGGCUCCUGCGUAGCAAGUACGGCUGAGCCAGAUGGGCUGCGGGAGGUGGACGUGGCUGUGGAGAAACCCCCUGAGAUCCUGGGGGGGGAAGAGGCGGGUGGCCCUCG